CAUUCAUUUUACGUCUGUCUUUAAACUGUAAUUGGUACAAUCCCUGAACCACAAGAUGGUCAAGGAAGAUAGAUCAACAUGGAAGUCCAACUACUUCUUGAAAAUAGCUCAACUUUUGGAUGAAUAUCCUAAAUGUUUUAUCGUCAACGCAGAUAAUGUGGGUUCCAAACAGAUGCAGCUGAUCAGAGCAGCUCUCAGAGGAAAAGGAGUUGUACUUAUGGGUAAGAAUACCAUGAUGAGGAAAGCCAUCAGAGCUCAUAUUGAGAAGAACCCAGACUUGGAAAGAUUGCUUCCCUGUAUCAAACAGAAUGUAGGAAUUGUUUUCUUGAAAGGUGAUUUGAUUGAAGUCCGAGACAUCUUACUGGCAAACAAGGUAAAAGCCCCAGCCAAGGCAGGAGCUGUUGCUCCCUGUGAUGUAAAGAUACCAGCUCAGGCUACACAGUUAGGACCAGAAAAGACUUCUUUCUUCCAAGCUUUACAGAUUCCAACCAAGAUUACCAGAGGAACCAUUGAAAUUCUGAAUGAAGUGAGUUUGAUCAAAGAAGGAGACAAAGUUGGACUUUCCGAAUCCACCUUACUCAACAUGUUGCGCAUCUCUCCUUUCUAUUAUGGAUUGUUGAUUCAACAUGUGUAUGACAAUGGUACAAUUUUUGAACCAGCAAUUUUGGAUAUUAAAGAUGAAGACCUUCGUGAAAGAUUCAUGCUGGGAGUAAGGAAUAUUGCUGCCUUAUCUCUGAUCAUUGGAUACCCAACUGUAGCUUCAGCUCCUCAUUCUAUGGCUAAUGGAUUUAAGAGACUCCUGGCCAUUGCUGUAGGAACAGACUAUACAUUCAAACAAGCAGAGAAGACUAAGGAGUAUCUGGCUGAUCCAUCUAAGUUUGCUGCUGCUGCUCCAGCGGCUGCCGCCCCAGCUGCUGGUGGUGGUAAAGCAGCCACCAAGAAGGAAGAGAAAAAGGCUGAGCCAGAAUCUGAAUCUGAUGAUGACAUGGGAUUUGGACUCUUUGACUAAAUGUCUAGAAAUUAACUUUCUACAACAGUCAUAAUGCGAAAAAAGUGUUUUUCAUGAAAUUAAAAAGUUAUGAAAAUUUG